AUGUUUUCAGGACUCACUAAUCAGGUCAGUUCGUGGAUGGGAGCUGCUAAGGGCGAGCCCCAAGAUGAGGAAGUCCCAACCCCAACGAAGGAAGCGACAGGGGAAGCCUCCUCAGCGACGGCGGAAGGCGAAAAGUUAAGUCCUACAAAAGGAGGCAGUAAGCUGGACCUAAUUACCAAUGUGAAGUCACAAAUGACUGGCUGGCUUGGCUCUGGUAUCCCAAUUCCUGGUCUUAGAAAAAAUGAGCCAGCUCCUGCGGAACCUGAGCCUGCACCGGUGGAACCAGCUGAACCGGCUGAACCAAGAGCUGAGGGCAAAGAUGAUGAUGAUAAUUCUAGCGCCACUGGUGGGGCGGACAGCAGGCCAGCUUCCACUGGCGGCACCCCCACUGAGGAGCAGCCUGGAGGCGUUGGAAACGGUGGCCAGAGUAGAAAAUUGUUUACCGUUGACGCUAUUGAAGUACCUGAUAUGCAAGAGUUUACAACCAAGGCGGUUGCCGGAGCUAAGUCCCUGGGCAACUUCUUGUACUCAGCGGUGAAUAAGGCUGGUGCUAAAGUCAGCGAGGCCAGCGCCAAGAUCAAGAAGACCGUCGAGGAAAAUAGCAUCUUGGGCGAGUUCAACCGUGAACAAGAUGCAUUCAUCAAGGGGCAGGAAGGCCGUGGCAGUGCCGCCGCCGUGCCUCCCUGGGUGGGUGCCCCCAACGAGGCCGCGCUCAAGGAGGAGUGCCUCUCCCUGUCUACUGACCGACGGAACUUUGUUCGCGCUCCUCCAGCUGGCGUAGAAUUCGAUUUCGAUUACGACAAGAUGUACCCAGUGGCCGUGGCCAUCAUGGGCGAGGAUCCCAACCUCGAGAAGAUGCGCUUCGAUCUUGUGCCAAAAGUAAUCACGGAGGAGAAUUUCUGGCGAAACUAUUUCUACCGCAUGUCGCUGAUCUGCCAGGCUAACGAGGCUGACGCGGCUGCUGGACGCCAAAGCAGCGCCGAGGAUUCCCAGGACGACGAUAAAUCGACAAGCGACAAUCUGAUAGUCAAUGAGAAAUCAUCACAAGAGAUGAUCGAUGACGUCAAGCAACGAAUAAAGUCUUUGAAAGUCGAUAGAGAGAAUGAAGAUGAGCAAUGGGAGAAAGAGCUUGAAGCCGAGCUCAAUGAAUACGAGGUGGUAGCAGACAAAGCCGGGGACGACAAACAAUGGGAGAAAGAGUGCGAAGACCUACUUGGAGAUGACAUGGACCUCAAGUAGACCGCGGUCUACUGAAAAGACUAAAGAAGACCACGGACUUAUCAAGCUGCGCAACUCAUGAUAGACUGGCCCUUUAAGAUUAGAUGAUUUGUUUUAUAUUAUAUGAUAUUUAAAUAAGCUUUUUAUAUGUUGUUACGAAUUUUAAUUUUAAUAUUGUGAUAUGUUGAAAAACGUGGGAUGAAUUCACUGUUUUGUUUUUAAUCAAUUAUAGGGCUGGUCAUAAUUAAAAGUUGUCAAACGGAGCUCAAUUAAAUUCUUAUGACAUUAAGAGUAAGCGUGCAUUGACCUCACACUGCGGCGCGUGUGUAUAUGCUUGUGAUUACACUCUUGCGCACGGUGGGCCAUGGAGGCUGUAGGGGUGUCACAGAUAAGAUUAUACGUAUCUAAUUAGAUACAAAUAUUACGUAGAUUGUAGUUUAUAAAUUCAAAAUAUUAACACAAUCCUGAACUUAGUGAAGGAGGUAAUUUCAAAUGUUUAAAUAUAUUUUAUCUUGUUUAACCGUCUAUAAUAA